AUGGACCUCUCAACGAGUGGUGCCAGUCUUCCCUGCCACCUACCCCUCACUCUCCUCACUAAUUCCUCCUCCUCCGGAGCCGUUGGCUCUCUGAGCCCGCCGAGCAUGGCCUCGCCGCCCAGUCUGCUCUCGCCGUCGCCUUCGUCGGCGUUCCGGCCCGUCGUGCCGAAGAGCCUUCUGAUGCCGCCGCCGCCGCCGCCGCCGAUCGACACCUUCUUCAUGUCGGCCAUCCAAUCACUCGUCGUCUCCACGAGCGACGAUCAGUUCAGCGUCGAUUCCGGAUCUUCUGACGGUGAGUGAGCCUAGAGUCUUCUAGAGUCUUCUAAUAGUACUGUCUGUUUCUGAGACUUGGUUCCAAACCUUCUACAGUACUUUCUAGAGCUUCUGAGUUUCUGAGCAGCUCACAAGACCAGCUCUACCGUCGUUAACAGAUAUUGUACGCGUCUGAAUGUGUCUAGAUCCUAGUGCCUUCGCUCCUAGACAGUCUAGACCCCCUUCUACAGUAAUUUCGCAAGUCACAAGACCCCCCUUCUUACACUCAAUAGUACAACCCAAGAACCAGAGAGACCUUUUUCAAAUUUCUCAUUUCCACAAAUCCUCAUGAUCAUCGUCAUAUAUAGUAAAACUCUGUCGAGACCUAGUUGGGUGGGUUGCGUGUGUGUGUGUGAAGGUGACCUCGAAACAGAUGAAGACGAAGACGAAGAAGACGAAAAAGAAGAAGAAGAAGAAGAAGAAGAGCGAGCGGGCGCCCACGGACGGCAUCGGCACGUCAUCUCCCUCUCUCUCUCUCUCUCUCUCUUUCUGCCUGUCGUCUUGUUUACUCGUCCACAAGUUUAGUCAGUGUUUUUGUGACCUACUUUUCAAACAUUUCAACAACUAUUUUCGCAUUUGGCAGCAGAAGGCAGAGAGAGAGAGAGAGAGUGAGAGAAAUGAUUUGAGAACUUUGGUUUUGUGACAAACUGAAAGUGAAAGCGAAAGAGUUCGGAUUGUUCGAUAUGGAGCAGAAAAAAGUAAUUUUUGAUAAUUUUAAAGUUCGAAGACGUGUUCAAAGUGCUUUUUGACUGACAUUAUGAUACCUAGAACCUUUGAGGAAUGCUCGCUAGGACAACUAUGAAGCUUUUGGGCACUAUGAAGCUUUAGAGUGUCUGGAACUAUUCCAACUCAAGAUUUUGGUAAAACUGCGGUACCUAGAGGUGUCUUUUGAAGCAUUUUGGAGCUCUAUGCGCGCUUUUGAUUCUAGGACAGUGCUCACUGAGCUUGAGCUCAAGCUAAAACCAAAACUCAAAGCUUCUGAACGUCUGAGCUCAAUUAGUAACCUACCAAGUGUUCACUAGAAUCGCUGGAACACCUGUAAAGGUUUCCGAACCAUUUGCAAUAAAAUUCAUCCGUCACCCGUGCUCCUCUGAUCUCCGAUCUUUUCCUCGCGCAUGUGUCCUCCGCAUAUUAUGCCACGUCAUCAUCAUCAUCGUCAUGUGAUCGUUCCUCACUGUCCUUGUCCCCAUCCGCUCACUUUUUGUUCUCGCCUCCUUCCUCCUGGCUUCCAGUGUGAUUCAUUCGAGGUCGACCCGCGCGCGCGCGCCCGAAUUUCAAAUUACGCAAGAAUCGGUUGCCGCCGAAAAAAAACAGCCAAGGGAAUGAAAAUGGCAUAGAGAUGGAGAGAGAGAAGUAGAGAAAUGGGUCAAGUUCAGUAGGCUACUGUAGUCAGAGGAUAUCGUCGGCAAGACAUACGAGUGGGUCAUGAUGAUGAUGAUGAUGACGUGGCACCCUCCCCCCUUAUCACUUAUCAAAAGCCAUUACUAGAGAGAGAGAGUACUACUGUGGCCUUGAACUGAUUUUCAUUUUUUUUGUGUGUGUGGAGAGAAAGAGUGAGAGAAAUGUGAUCAUGAAAUAUGGAAGUGGCGUUUCGCUGCUUUUUUUAUAGUUGCUAUGUCUAUGUCGCGGACUAACUUUGGCCUAGAAAACUACUAGGCAAACUAGGCCACCAACUGAUCAGACCAAUGUUUCAGCACCACCACCUAAAGACGAAAACGCGUCGACUUCCGGCACAGCUGGAACAAUUCUGUGUCAAGUGUGUUCGGACAAGGCCAGCGGAUUCCAUUACGGUGUUUUUGCGUGCGAAGGAUGCAAGGUUCGUUAUUCGCUUUGGGAGAAAAAAAAAUGAAUGGAAGGGGAAUGGCAUUGGAUAUCCGACGAAAAUGACUGUACUCUCUAAGUGCACUGAGAAGUGACCGGCUGUCCACAGAGAAGGAGAAAUGGGGUAAUUAGAGACCGGGCAGAAGGUUGUUUUCAUCCGAAAAAAAUAGAAUAGAAUUGAGAUUGAGAUUGAGAUCGGGAAAGGGGAAGAGAUGAAUGAUUUGAACGGAAAAACUACCGAUUACCGUAAAAGUCGUUUAUUCAGAGCGAUGUAUCUCAGUUGAAUGUAAAGAUAUCAAAUAGCAGUCAACUGAAAAAAUGUACAAAAUGUCUUUUUGAGCAAUUUAUCAGUUGACAACUUUUCGAUAACUCUACAAGCAGCUGAGAUAAAUCGUUUUAAAUAGGAAUCUUCUUUACUGUGACCUUAAGGUAAUAGAAGUUCAAAGGACUAUUUAAUUUAUCUAACUAGGGAACGGCCCGCACUUACCUUGGACUUUUGGAAUGGGACUUAUAUGAUUCGAAAGAGAAUUUCACGGAGAAUCCGAAUCUUUUUGCUAAAGAGCACUCACUGGCUGGCGAGUAAAUCUGCCUGUUUCUGCCACAUUUUCUAGCAAGUUCAUCUUCGGCGACCUGUAUCUCAAGAACCACGCGUCCGUUGCAAAAGUGGUCAACUAGUAAGUUAACGCAAAUUAUCUCGUGAAUAACUUUGUAGUUGAUCGUCUAUUUUAAAAAAAAUUAGUUUUCGAGUUAUGAACUGUUUUCCUAGAGCGACAAGAAAAAAGUUAGUGCUGGGGUCAGAGCGACGAUAACUCGAAAACUAAUUUUUUUUAAAAUAGACGAUCAACUACAAAGUUAUUCACGAGAUAAUUUGCGUUAACUUACUAGUUGACCACUUCUGCAACGGACGCGUGGCUCUUGAGAUACAGGUCGCCGAAGAUGAACUUGCCAGGAAAAUGUGGCAGAAACAGGCAGAUUUUCUCGCCAGCCAGUGAGUGCUCUUUAGCAAAAAUGGAGAGCAGAUACGGAUUCUCCGGGAAAUUCUCUUUCGAAUCAUAUAGGUCCCAUUCCAAAAGCCCAUGGUAAGUGCGGGCCAUUCCCUGAUAAGGCAAUCGCUCUAAAAGUUCAGACUAUAGAUCAUGUGGCCUAGAAUUCCACAAUACAGAAAGUUAGGCCGUCACCCAACAAAACGUUUCGUGUUCUACAACCUCAUUCGUUCAGGGCUUCUUCCGACGAUCGAUCCAGCAAAAGAUCAGCUACCGAGCAUGCACCCGCACCGAAGACUGUCUCAUUCUCCGCAACAACCGUAAUCGCUGCCAAUGCUGCCGUCUCAAAAAGUGUCUGUCGGUGGGCAUGUCGCGCGACGGUAAUUUAUUCGUUUCUCUUUUCUUUUCCCCCCAUUAGUGCCCUUCGGAAUUCGGACAAAACGACACAAAGAAACAUUUGUCCGGGUCGGGUCGGGUCGCGUGUACUUUCCCCGAAAAGUGUGUCCUUUUUGCAGCUGUGCGCUUUGGACGCGUGCCAAAGCGAGAGAAGGCGCGAAUGUUCGAAGAGAUGCAAAAAACGAAUGUGCAGUCGCAGAGGGAUCAGAUCGCGAUUCAGUACGAGAACCUGACCGAUGUCAUGCACAAGAUUAAUCACGCGUUCGCGACGCUUCAGAAUACGGUAAGAAGAGCGAGAAAAAAAGAUGGCCAAACAUUGUCAAGAAGCGUGUUUUCAGCUGGAAAAAUGCACGUCGCCGGUGUACACGGAUCGCUGUCCGAUCUCCUCCAACUUCAUCGUGAUCCCACUGAAAGCGGCCAUCGAUUUCGCCAACUCGAUCCCCGCGUUCCUCUCGAUUCCGCAAACGCAACGAGUUCAUCUACUACAGGUAUCGUUUAUUUUUCGAACAAAAUUGUUAUAUCACAGUGCACACAAGUCGAAUCAAAUCGUUUGCAGAACAGUGUCUUCGACGUGAUGCUUCUCGCGUCGGCGCAUUCGUCGUUCCCGCCCGGUGGUGUUGGCUAUGACGUGGCGGCUGCCAAUCCGGUCAUUCCACAGGCGAUCCAAUCGAUUUCGGCGCGUGUCCGUCAACUUCCGUCGCAAACCGUUCCGAUUCUGACCGCCAUCGCCGUCUGCCAGGCCGACCUCAUUCCGAACUGUCAGCAGCCGAUGCUGCUCGCCGAGCGUCUGUGGUGUGUGCUCGGAAAGCUCGGCGGCAUUCAGGCGCUCGCGGCUGCUCCGUCCCUGCUUGCCGAUGUUCGGACGCUUCGCCAAUGGCAUUCCGAUCGUCUCCGCUCGCUUUCCAGUGGCGCCAACCCGAAUCCGCAGCUUCUGAUGGCGGCACCCGGGACUCCGAUGCUGCUGCCACCCGCAUUCCUCUCGCCACCCGCUUCUUCCGUCUCCACCUCCACCAAAUCCGACUUUAUCGAGCGUCAUCAGUCGAUCGCGAACCUUCUCGAGCGGCCGCGUCGGAUCAGUGGCUCGACAGAACAACCACUAAAUCUGUCGCUUCCUCGAGCAGCGAAGGCAGAGCCGUCUGCGGAGGUGAAGAGGGAGGCGCCGGACGUCUGA